AUGCCCGAGCGGGUAUUUAUGAGGGAAUCGAAUCUGAUCAAUGAACUUAGGUUCGGAGCAUAUCCCUUUCAUUACAGGAUCCGCAUACACGUGCCGGUGAAGCACCACACACAUAUCCACACGAAGACGGUCAUUAAGAAGGUCCCGUUGCCCAUUCCAGUACCGGUCAAGGAGCACCACGAGCCGCCCAAGAAGCACCACAGUCGCAGCCACCACCACCACCACGAGCACCAGGAGGACGAAAUGGAGGACUACUUCGAGGGCUACGAGUAUCCCGUGAAGGCCAAGCGACGCACGCGGCAUCCCUUUGUCUGAGUGUCUGCAGUGGCAGGAACCACCCACAAGAGGCCCAAGCCCCCGCCCCCGCCCCCCACACUCCACACAGCGGUGGAAAUGGAAUCAAAGGAAAUACAAUUUACGCAGAUUAAGGCAAAUACGAGUGUAAACCAAAACACGAGCCAGCAAGAGGGCGAAACAUAAAGGAAAGGAAGGACAAAACAAUGGAAGGAAUGAAUGAAGAAAGAAGGGGAAGUCUGGGUCUGAUUUGUCACUGGUUUUUAGUGUGUAAGCAGAGUAAAAAAGGAAGAAGGAGUAAAAGGAGGCGCCACACACACUUCUGUGCAAUAAAAUAAACAAAUAUUACAUUUAAGCACAAUUUAAA